AUGAAGCUUUUUGUGAUCUCUCUUUUGUUGGGCAUCGGCUGGUGUUUAGAUAUUCCCACAGCCGAUGCCAGUACUAAAUACGACUGUCAAUACUGUCAGCCUGAACAGAUCCACAUAGCAUUCGGAAAAAAAGCGAAUGACAUAGUGGUGACAUGGUCAACGUUCAACGAUACACAGGAUUCACGUGUGCAAUAUGGCGAGGGAUACAUGGACAAGGAGGCGACUGGUUCUAGUAAACUGUUUGUGGACGGGGGCAGACGCAAGCGCAGACAGUACAUACACACCGUCACUUUGAAGAAUCUCAAGUUUGGUACUAGUUACGUGUACCACGUGGGCUCUGUGUAUGGAUGGUCGGAAGAAUUCGUAUUCCACACGGCACCGGAGGGUGAAGACUGGCCUGUGCGAGCCGCCAUUUAUGGCGACAUGGGCAGCGGUAAUGCUCAGUCUCUGUCGUACCUACAAGACGAGGCCCAACGUAACAAGUUUGAUGUGAUCCUACAUGUGGGAGACUUUGCCUACGACAUGGAUUCUAAAAAUGCUCUGGUUGGCGAUGAGUUCAUGCGACAGAUCCAGCCGCUUGCCGCCGUCGUACCAUACAUGACGUGCCCCGGGAACCAUGAGGAGAAAUACAAUUUCAGUAACUAUGCGGCGCGCUUCGCGAUGCCCGGCCCAGACUCAAGUCUUUUCUAUAGUUUCGACCUGGGCCCUGUGCACUUCGUGUCCAUCUCCACCGAAGUUUACUACUACCUAAAUUACGGCAUCAAGUUGAUCAGUACCCAAUAUGACUGGCUGAAGGAAGAUCUAGAGAAAGCCAACCUUCCAGACAACAGAUCAAAGAGACCAUGGAUAGUGUUGUUCGGACACAGACCCAUGUACUGCAAUGACCGUCUCGAUGUAGACUGCAACAUGGAACUGACGCGGAUUGGACUGCACGGACUCUGGCCUUUGGAACCCCUACUGAAGGACUACGGUGUGGACCUGGUGAUUUGGGCACACGAUCAUUUGUACGAGAGGUCAUUCCCCUUGUACGACAACAAAGUGUACAACGGUUCCACUAAAUAUCCCUACGUCAAUCCUGGAGCUCCAGUGCACAUUAUAACGGGAUCGGCUGGCUGUAAAGAGGGGCAUUCCCAUUUCAAACAACACCCUGCUCCAUGGUCCGCCUUCAGAAGCAGUGCGUACGGGUACACGAGGUUCGAAGCACACAAUAAGACUCACGUCUACAUGGAACAGGUCAAUGUGGAACAAAACGGCCAAGUCAUAGAUUCUCUGUGGCUGGUCAAAAAUCUUCACGAGCCUUACGAUAUCUAA